AUUGGUUCACCUUGCCUUCAUUUCUAUAUUCCAUUUUUGCUAUCAAACUCAAACCACCAAGCCUAUCUCUCUGCUUCUGAGUUUUGAGUAUUUCAGUUAAAGCAAGCACCAAUGGCAGCAACCAUAGCAACAAUGGCCAUGCUCAAUGCCAAGUGCUUGAGCACCAACUCACCCAAAACAGUCAACCCCUCCAGGCCAACCACAAAACCCAUCUCUCUUCUCUCCAUCCAAAACCUCCCAAAAGGCCUCAUUACCCAAAAUCCAUCUGAGAACUCCAAACUCUCAGUAUCACUGGCUGGUACCGCCGUCGCCGGAGCGAUUUUCUCCACCUUGAGUUCAUGUGAUGCUGCUUUUGCAGCCCAACAAAUUGCUGAAAUAGCAGAAGGUGAUAACCGUGGUCUCGCACUUUUACUUCCGAUCAUUCCAGCCAUUGCUUGGGUGCUAUUCAACAUCCUGCAGCCAGCUCUUAACCAGAUUAACAAAAUGAGGAGCACCAAAGGGGUCAUCAUCGGGCUCGGGCUAGGCGGCUUGGCUGCAUCAGGGUUCAUGUCCACUCCUCAUGCAUCAGCCAGUGAGGUGGCCAUGAUAGCUGAUGCUACAAAUGACAGCAGGGGACAGCUUUUGCUGUUUGUGAUCUUUCCCGCUAUUCUUUGGGUUCUCUACAACAUUCUUCAGCCAGCUUUGAACCAGAUCAACAGAAUGAGAUCUUAGUGAUAAAGAUCUUUAGGGUGUGAUGGCUUGUACUACUUGUAAUUUCACCUUGUGUUAAUGAACUUUUCCUGGAACAACUUUUCUGGGGUCACUCAAAAUUUCAGUAGGAUUACUUUAUGUAUAAUUGUAUAUCAAAGGCCAAGGUCUAUAUAUAUAUUUUAAUAGUUUACUUUCUUUUACAAGUUUUCUACUAUAAUGUAGGAUGUAAAAUUGUUGAUAACUACAUUGGAAAUUUUAACAAAAAGAACUUUUAGCAA